UUUCCACCGCACGAGAGAGUGAAACACAACAGAGUCAAACCGCAGAGAGACACACGCAUCAGCACAAGCGGAGCAGCUUUCAAUGAAUGAGCCGGCGGCAGCAACAUGCGCUUCUCAGCCACGCCUGCCUUGAACAACACCGCAAACUAGGAUACAAGGUCCCCCGGCGGGCUGGUUCCUCUCCGUCUUGCAUCACCUCCUUUAUCUCUUCUCCUCCUCUGAACUCCGAAGCCCUUUGAGGACCGAGGCCAUGGCACCGUUUUCCUCUCCCGUCCUCCUCCUGUCUCUCGUCCUCCUCCUUUCUCUGCCUCGAUCCAUUUCUCCCGAAUCCCAGCGAGAAGAGCCGUCUCUGCAGCCCUCCGUCGCUCCAGAAGCUCCUUCAGAACUUCAGAGUAACCUGACCGAUGAAGGCGACGGCGCUGCUCCGAACAAACCGUGCACCGAUCUGGUGGAGUGCAGGCCUGGGAUCAUCCUGCCUGUGUGGAAGCCCGUCAAUCCCGGUCUGGGAGAGCAGAUCGUCCGGGCCGUCGUGUAUUUCGUCUCUCUCAUGUACAUGUUUCUGGGGGUGUCCAUCAUCGCUGAUAGGUUCAUGGCAUCUAUAGAGGUCAUCACGUCACAGGAGAAAGAGGUGACCAUAACCAUGCCAAAUGGAGAAACGUCAGUGGCCACGGUCAGAAUCUGGAACGAGACCGUGUCUAAUUUGACCCUGAUGGCUCUGGGAUCAUCCGCCCCUGAAAUCCUGCUGUCGGUCAUCGAGGUGUGUGGUCAUGGGUUUGAGUCCGGUGAGCUGGGUCCGGGCACCAUCGUGGGCAGCGCUGCCUUUAAUAUGUUUGUGAUCAUCGGAAUCUGUGUGUGGGUGAUUCCUGACGGCGAGGUGAGGAAGAUCAAACAUCUGAGAGUCUUCUUCAUCACCGCCUUCUGGAGUAUCUUCGCUUACAUCUGGCUGUACCUGAUCCUGUCCAUCAUCUCACCUGGAAUCGUGGAGUUAUGGGAAGCUCUGGUCACUCUCUGCUAUUUCCCCGUUUGUGUGAUUCUGGCCUGGAUCGCUGACCGGCGCCUCCUUUUCUACAAGUAUAUGUCCAAGCGCUACCGUGCUGACAAAAGAACAGGGGUUGUUGUUGAGACCGAGGGGGACAUGACCCCCAAAGGUAUGGAGUUGAUGAUGGAUGGCAAGUUUCCACUGAGGGGCGGAGCCAUAGGGAUCGGCAUACAGGAACAUUACCAGGAUGGAACGGGCAACACAACAGGGACCAUGGCAACUCUACCCAACUCUAACAGCACGACCGUUUACAUGGAUGGUGCCAAGGACCUGGACGAGAGCCGCAAAGAAGUGAUUCGUAUCCUGAAGGACCUUAAGCAGAAAUACCCAGAUAAGGAGUUGGAUCAACUGGUGGAAUUGGCCAACUACUACGCCCUCCUCCAUCAGCAAAAGAGCCGUGCUUUUUAUCGCGUCCAGGCCACACGCAUGAUGAUCGGGGCCGGUAAUGUACUGAAGAAACACGCAGCAGAUCAAUCUCGCCGUGCUGUUGUGGCGGGUGGUGAUGAAGCUUCAGAGGAGGAUGACCUGGCCGUCUGCAGCCGUAUCUCCUUCGAGAGCCCACACAGUCAGUGUAUGGAGAACUGCGGCUCCAUCAUGAUACCCGUGGUGUGUCGAGGAGGCCUGGGGGAGAGCACUUUCUACAUUGACUACUGUACGGAAGACGGCACAGCCAAUGCCGGCUCAGAUUAUGAGUAUUGUGAAGGGACACUGGUGUUCAAACCAGGAGAAACCAGGAAAGACAUAAAGGUGGGCAUCAUUGAUGAUGACAUCUUUGAGGAAGACGAACAUUUCUUUGUGCGUUUGCUGAACCUGCGUGUUGGUGAUGCGGAGGGUAUGUUUGAGAGUGACGAUGCGGAUCAGGCUCCCAAGGCCCGGUUGAUGGAACCGCUGAUGGCCACGGUCACCAUCCUGGAUGACGACCACGCAGGUAUCUUCACUUUCACGGACCGCCUGAUGCGAGUGAGCGAGAGCGUGGGAACCAUGGAGGUGACAGUAGUCCGGAACUCCGGCGCUCGAGGAACCGUGAUCAUUCCGUAUCACACGGAGCCCGGGACGGCCCAAGGUGGAGGGCUCGACUACGAGGACACACACGGAGAGCUGGAAUUCACCAACGACCAAACAACUCAGACCCUUCAGGUGAGGAUCAUUGAUGAUGAAGAGUACGAGAAACAUGAGAAUUUCUUCAUCGUUCUUGAGGAACCACGCUGGCUGAAGAGAGGAAUCUCAGCCCUGCUGCUGAACCAAGAAGAUCCCGAGGGACAGCUGAGUGCUGAGGAGGAGGAGGCCAGGAGGAUAGCGGAGAUGGGGAAACCUGUUCUGGGAGAGCACAGCCGGCUGGAGGUGGUGAUCGAGGAGUCCUAUGAAUUUAAGAGCACCGUUGAUAAACUGAUCAAGAAGACUAACCUGGCUCUGGUGAUCGGCACUCACUCCUGGAGAGAGCAGUUCGUGGAGGCCGUGACCGUCAGCGCAGGCGACGGAGAUGAAGACGAAGAGGAGGGUCGAGAGGAGCGUCUCCCGUCCUGCUACGAUUACGUCAUGCACUUCCUGACGGUGUUCUGGAAGGUUCUGUUCGCGUUCGUUCCUCCCACGGAGUACUGGAACGGCUGGGCCUGUUUUUUGGUGUCCAUCACUGUAAUCGGCCUCCUCACCGCCAUCAUCGGAGACCUGGCGUCACACUUCGGCUGCACCGUGGGCCUCCGGGACACCGUCACCGCCGUGGUGUUCGUCGCUCUGGGCACCUCUAUCCCAGACACAUUCGCCAGUAAAGUCGCCGCUACUCAGGAUCAGUACGCAGACGCCUCGGUGGGAAACGUCACGGGCAGCAACGCCGUCAACGUGUUUCUGGGCAUCGGCGUGGCCUGGUCCGUGGCAGCCGUGUACUGGGGCGUCCAGGACAAGAACUUUCAUGUGGAGCCCGGCUCGCUGGCCUUCUCCGUCACCCUCUUCACUAUCUUUGCCUUCAUCUGCAUGGCUGUGCUGCUGUUCCGGCGCCGGCCGUCUAUCGGCGGAGAGCUGGGCGGCCCUCGGGUCUCUCGUCUGCUCACUACGCUCCUCUUUCUUGGUCUGUGGUUCCUCUACAUCCUCUUCUCCAGCCUUGAGGCCUACUGCCAUAUCGAGGGCUUCUGAACACGCUUAUAUCAACAAAACAAAUCUAAAGAGGUUUCGAUCAACUACACACAUCAACACAAGUUUGCACACACACACACACACACUUACAAAACACUUAUGAAUCGCUGAAUGCACUAAUGCAAAUCGUUCGACUUAGCCGAGAAUCUGAGGUGAAAGAGAAAAAGAGACGGAUGAUGCUGGAGGGAGAUGAAAGAUGAGUUUAUGAAAAAGGAAGCAAAGCAUGUAGCAAAAGAGGGCGAAGAUGAGCGCGAUGCACUGUAAAGAGGGAGCGAUGCUGUAAAAUAGCGACACUUCUAUAUUGCCGUCUCUCAAGCUCAAAGGCAAAAUUGACCACUUUUAUUUCGCACUGCACGUAACAGGACUUUUUAUGGUUCAAGGGCACAAUGAAUCUGAGUAAAGAUAAAAGGCGCGUUAAGAGCUAUAGUGAUGGCAUUUUAGAUGCUAAUGAAAAUGCACCAGCAAUCGUGCUGCUCGACCGAUCCGCAGUUUCGCUUGCGACGCGCAUUAUUCCGCGCUAAAGCAAUCAUUUAUGAUUGUUGCUCGUGCAAAAAUGGCCGUAGAGUUCUUGAGUAAAAAACAAGACGGAUUGAAAGUUGUCACGUGGACUUUAAGCAUGGAGAAUUACGUUAGACCCCGGCAUUGAAUAUGCACAUUAGGAUAUGUUGUCAUUUUCUAGGGCUUCUUAUUUUAAUAUUUAAUAAAUAACAAUGCAGUCUGGUGCGACUGCACGUAGCUUUGAAAUGAUUCCACGUAAAACCAAGCACGCCGUUUGGCUAACGUUGCCAAUUGUUCGCCUGCUUGAUGACGGAACUGGGCAAAAUCAAAGUUAAAGUGCCCCUGUUAUCCGUUUUUUAAAAAUACAUCCAUCGAUAACGUCCUGCAAAGGUACAGUUAUCGUAUCUCAAAAGAAAGAGUCGAUUCUGAAUCGUUGAAGCGAAUCAUUUUUGAAAUGAGUCACAAGACGAGUCCUUGCAUGCAUUUCAUCCUGUUUUUGGACUCCCAAACCAAAACAUGAACAUUUCAUAACCCAUUAUAAGGGACACUUUAAUAGUAAUGUGAAGAUAAUACUAAAUAAUCAAAUAUUGUACGUGAAUACGUCAAAUGGAGACUCCAAGACUUUCAGUUGCUUCCUGAAAUGACAAAAAAAUCAUUUUAAUUGCAUUUUAAUGCUACAAUUAUACUAAAUAUAAACGUUUAGAACAAAAUAAUAAUAAAAAUAGUCAUAUUAUACUCCUUUUUUUUUUUAAAUAUGAAAUAUUGGCCGUUUUUACAACCUUAUUGGUAUGUAAAUAUACCACUGAUCUCACAGUCUACUUUUUUUUAGACUCAUCAGACACAGUUGUGCUCUACAAUGAAAAUAUAUAUAUAUAUAUAUAUAUAUAUAUAUAUAUAUAUAUAUAUAUAUAUAUAUAUAUAUAUAUGCAAAAAUAGUCUGGCUUAAAGUGAUAGUUCACCCAAAUGAAAUGUGUCAUCAUUUACUCACCCUCAAGUUGAUCCAAACCUGUAUGAUAUUUUAUGAUUGUCGGUGACCAAAAAGUUGUUGGUAGCAGCAUUAGCUCAUGGACGGGAGAUUAAUUGAAGAUGGAAUUAGAAAGUUAUCCAUUAGAAAAGGUCCAGUAUUCCGCUAGAUUAUCCUUCAUCAUCCGAUCGGGUCAUUUUUAAAAAAAAAUUGAGGAUUCAUCUCACACCGAAUCCAGAUACUUUUUUUUUUACAUGACUGCCUAUUCUACACCUCAACAAUCCUUCUAAUCCAACGAACGAAACAUCUUAUGACUUUGCAAUUACUGGGAUCUUCUGAAACAGACCACUGAACAUCGUAACGGUUUGAAUCUUCAGUUGUUACAUUUAUUCCGAAACGGAACACUCGACAUCAUAAUGAUUUGGAUCUUCGGUUGCUGCAUUCAUUCCGCGCUUUCGCUGCCUAGAGACAAUGGAGCUCCUCUUUUAAAAGUGUUAAUGUAAAAAAAAAAAAAUAGUCGUCACCUCCGUAUCUCCAACGGCCAAAACAUGCGCGCUAAACAUAGCAGUGUUCAGAGUACGCUAGGAAUAAAAGACAGCUCUGUCGAUGCUUGCAGUGGCUGAAUGGGUACCGUUAAAGUAACUCUCAAUACAAGUUUAUUAAAAGAGCAAAUGAUUUGGGUGUCUACGGUACACAAACUGAAGCUCGCGUUCAUUCGAUGUAUCCAAUGACUUCAAAAAGUUCUCAUAACGAAGCGCUGAAGUCAAAAUGUCACUGUACAGUUUCUCUCUGCAUUGUGUAAACCUGUCUGGGGCUUCUUGAUCUAGAACAAUUAAGUGCUGCCCGGUGAUUGGUUCUUUAUAAACACUUUAGCUGGUUGGUCCACUCGUUAUGUGUGGAGCUGAAAGCUGAUUGGUCCCUGACAGAUUCACAAUAAAAUGUUGUUUACUCGUAGAGCACUCAG